AUGUUUCCUCAUCUGUAUUCACUGUGCUUGUUCUACGUACUCCUCUUCGCCCACUUGAUAUAUCCGGGGCGAUGUGAUCAACACAGCGGCAAAGCUCCCAGCGCCGCCGGCGACAAGCUCGCAGAACCGACCACCGUCAAGGAUCUUCUCAACUCUGAGAAGCAGUUCGAGAAGAACCUGGAGAAGGUCGAUCCCGGCUUUUUCAAACACUCAGCUGCCGCGCAACAUCCUCCGUUCUUGCUAUUUGGGUGCUCCGACAGCCGAUUAAGCGAAGGCACUUUAUUCCACACGGCGCCAGGCGUCGUAUUCGCUGAGCGCAACAUCGCAGCGCAAUACUAUGAAGAUGAUAAGAACGGAAAUGCGGUGCUUGUAUACGCUACGGCUCAUUUGGGUGUGCAUAACAUUAUCGUCAUGGGUCAUUAUGGAUGUGGAGGCGUAGCAGCUGCUGUCACAUCUACCGUGAACUCGGAGAAGGAUGCCGCCAAAGACCCUAUAGAAGCAUGGAUCUGGCCCAUCAGAGACAUUUAUCUCAAUUCAAAGAGAGCCGAGAUUGCAGCCCUCCGCGUGAAAAACAAGAAAUUGAAGACAAUAGCUGCCCCGGCUUUGAACGACACCGGAUACAGGGCACUUGUUGAAGAGAACGUGAAGGCGAACGUGCAGAGGAUCCAUAAAUCCAAGGCAGCCACGGGAUACAAGGGACAGAAGACCUCGAUAUACGGGUGGGUAUAUGAUAUCGCAACAGGCGACAUCAAGGACCUCGGCGUGACUGUGUCAUUCGGAAAGUAG